AUGAAGUACCAACCUGUGGAUCCACUAGGCGGAGAAGAGGCCACGGAUACAAAAGACGUUUCAAUGCACAGCGAAGGGUUGUAUAUCAAUCAUAAACACAACAGAGAACUUCAUGCACUAAGUGAUGGCAGUGCUUCAAGCAGCUACGACUCUACAGAGGAAUCUAGCUCUAUGUUGAAAAACGUUGCGGUGGCAGCAGCCUUACACAGUAGCAGAGUAAAUGCAUUACUGACAAGUUCGAGCACGACUACCACUGGGACAAUCUCAUGGGGUCUUGUCCUAGCGUGGGGGUGUACUUUUGUAUACUGCAGUUCACGAUGUCCCCAAUUGUACAAAAAUUACAAAAGAAAGUCAGUCGAAGGAAUAUCACCAUUACUUUUUGGAUCGGCACUAUUGGGUAACUUGACAUACACGUUGUCAAUACUAACGAGUUGUGCUUUUGUUUUUGGUGAGGAUCGAGCUGAGUUUAUUUAUAAAGAGUUGCCUUAUAUCAUCGGGAGCUCAGGAACAAUUGUAUUCGAUGCUGCUUAUUUCUACCAGAAGUAUUUGUAUCGUAAUAAUGGACAAUGCACGUCAACCAUGGUGUUAGAGCCAUGGGAGGAGAUUGAACAUAGUGGAAGGGCAGGGCGACUAACGCACACCAGUGACAGGCCAAUAUCGAUAUUAGAUAUCCCACCUAACACGUCCCCACACCCGCUACUUCUGAUAAACACUUUGAAACUCCAGCAAUUGACAAAGAGAGAACUUCGACAUCUUAGGGCAAUUGAGUACGAAUCCAUGGAAGAGAAAGCAGAGGCUUGCUUCGCUAUAUCCACAUCCAUAAAAGAGCUUAUACCGGGAAACCCAAAGCAGGCGAGCCAUAUUUUCAACAUAUUGACCGAUGAGGAUAUGAAAGGAGUGGUUUACCAGAAUGUUCUUGAGUCAUUUCCUGAAAAUGAGCUAGCGAAAGUGUAUAUGCGAUUUGUUGCCGAGCCCACAGCUCAUGAAACACACGCAAGCUUUAUUAAGCUACUCCUUGGAAUUUUAAAGUCUGACUCAGCAUCAAGGAACAAAUCAAAGGCGUUAUUCGACUUCCUUGAUGGCAUUGCCCAAACUGGAGUCGUCAAUUCGCGACCCAUUCGACUUGAUACCCAAAUUUUUCGAGCCAUGCUUGAUGCAAUCGAGGAGAGCAGCCAUGCAGACCUUUAUUCAUACUUGUUGCAUUUGAACAUGAGACCGAAACUGAGAAAAUUGUUUCAGGAUUUCAGAGGGAGACUUUUAACAAUAUCUCCAAGGGCCCAAUUCAUCGCCAAUACUGGAUAUAUUAACCCCAGAUGGUACGACUUGAAUGUACCAAAAUUCAACCCAACACACUCGUCACGAAUGAUUGAGUUUUACUCGUUUACAGAGUUGAACCAUAUCCAUAAUCAUUACAUGUAUCAUAACGAUCCUGCGCGUGCUUCUUUAUUCUUGAGCUACAUGGUUACAAAACUUGAAAAAGACGGCAAGGGUGAACUAUCCGACAAACCCGAAACUUUCAUAAAAGGUAGAGUGCUGAUUAUUCUCAAAUGUGUGCUCAACUUGAUCAUACGAUUCAAGAGUAUCUCUAGCGCAACGCAAGUUUUGAAAUUCAUGAAGAAUGAAAAUUUUCAAGUCGAGAUUGAGAGUCUUGUUCUUUUACUUAGAAUGUUGAGGCAAGCAAGGGAAUAUGAUCAAUUUGUGACGGUACUCGCAGGGAUCCCACUUGACGAACUCAAACGGAAUCAAAAAAAUUCCCUUGUUGAUGAGAUAUUGUUGUUGAUGCGUGACAAGUUUCGGACUUCUCCCAAAGUCAUUAUCGGGUACGUCAGUGCCUUAUUUGGAGCACCUCAGCGCCACCACUCGGGAUUGUACAUCUUGAAUGAACUUGGAAUACUCAGCUAUCCUUAUGAGUCGACAAUUGCAUCAAAGAUUACUUCCACAAAAGUAGUUCAGCCUGCUGCAGUUGACGAAAGAUUGCAAAACACAAACUUGACCAGCAAAGGCUUGUCAUAUGUGUAUCAAGUGCUUUUCAAUUCAAUGGACAAGAGUCAAAGAAAUGAUCCUUCGGUCAUCGGUAAGUACUUUGAGUUGUAUGUUGAUUUUAUGUCCAAGAGUUCUUUGAGCCUACCAGAUGACAAACCUCUAGGCGUUUUUCUUCAAUUUGCACUCCAUGUGGACGAGGGUGCUGAACUUAAUUCGAUUGUUCCAUCAAGCAAUUACUACCUAGCAAGGAAAAUCUUUGACUAUUACAAGACAGUCAACUUGAAUGGAGGCAGAAUCACAUCGUCUACAUUGGAAAAGCUUUCGAGAGUUGCGGUGACCAAGUUCAACGACUUCUCUUUUGCAACUGAAGUGUUACAGUUUGCCAGAAGUAAAGGCAAGAUCCUCACGUUUCAUCAAAUUUUUCCAUUCAUAAAAAAGUCGGACGAAGAGGGCGAUACGAAGCGAUUAAAGUUUUGGAUGAAUGAAUUGACUAGAAUGGGGAUCAAAGUAACCUCGAGGCAGUUGAAUGAGUUUGUUGCUCUCUGUAGAGAACCUGAACCUGCCAAAGAUGCGUACAAGUACAAAUGGAGUAUAACAAAACAUAAGCGAGAGAAUAGGAAAGCAUUGGAACGGUUAGGUGCUGACUUUUUGCCCGUGCGUGAAAACAAUGCCUCGCCUAUUCUGUCCGACGAGAAAGUGGUGGAGGAGGUUACUGCUCAUGUGGAUUAA